AUGACCGCCAAAUCGGCGCCGGUUCAUAUCUUCCCCGGCAAAGGCCUGGGCUUUAUCACUCUCGGCGCUUCUCUACACAACGUUUUGACUCGAGUCAAGUCACAUCCUCAGAUAUAUCCCGCGAUCGAUCUUGCCUAUUCUUCCAACGAUCCUUUGCGCAACCCUGUUGUUCUCCAGUUACCCUCAAAUGGGCUCCGCCUACGGUUCGACGGCCCGGACCAACGUCUGCGCCUGAUCGAAGUACUAGAUUUCUCUCGCGUGGACCUUGUAUACAAGAAUCAAGAUGUCUUGAAAGGUGGCAAGACAACGGAGCAGCCGACAUCUUCUCAAGGGCCUAGCUUCCGUCAUGUCUACAACCGACUCUUCGGUCCAUCGUAUCCCGGUGAAUAUAUAUCUCCGCCGGAUCAGUCACCAUACGGCACCUAUGUGCUCUCAUACCCCGGGGUUGCUUUUUCCUUCCCCUGCAACACUCCGCCUGCAACCUCCAUGUCCAUUUUCCAAGGGUCCUCAUGGCCCGAGGUCCGUGCGAAUCUCUUCACCCAGCAGCCUCAAUACCCCCGCGCAUCGGCAGUAGUCAGCAAGACCCGUGACUCCUUUGCCGACGAGGUUGAAGAGUUUCAUAUUCUCGGCGCUGGAAAGUUGGAAGCAUCCCGGCGAACGGGUCCCCCGGUUCCCAUCAUCCUUGGAGAGACCAGUCCACAGGAUUUGAUCGCGGAAUUCGGGCCUCCCGAUGCGAUAUAUCGUAAACAUGACCGCCGCAUUUCUAUUCACCGCGCAAAUGGUACCGGUGGUGCAGAUCCGUUGAAUCCGAAUCUAUCGCCAGGAAGAGGCAUGGAUUUACCCGAUACUGAUCAUUCUUCCACUAAUAGUAUCACUGAUGAUUCCGAUGAAGAGACAUCCGCAGGACAAGUCAGCGAUCCAGGAUCCUUACCAGCCGAAAGCUUCUUCAAUUAUUUUCAUCAUGGAUUUGAUGCAUUCAUCUCACACCCGUCUACACCAGGCCCUGCGUUCCCUGCGUCCGGUAUGCCAGACCCGACCGCCCCAGCACUUCCGUCGACUCAGUUGGCCGUGACCAAGAUCAUCCUACAUGGCAAUGUUCCGGGGUCAUAUCCGUUCAACCGCCACCGCCGAAGCCGCUGGACUAUUCAUCUGGAUCAAGCCAGCGAAGGGUUAAACGCUGAGUCGCCUUACGAUGAGAUCUCGGAGCGGCUACGUGGGGUAUGGAAAGGGUCCUAUUCUAGCCCUGGAGAGGAGCGCGCUACACAGCGCCCGAUGGUUUUGAAUCGCGGCUGGGGUGACAGUCCCGAGAGCAGUGUUGAAUUUCUCGGAGGUUGGGAGGAGACCACGGCCAAAGGACAACGCUCCGGUGCAGAUGGACAUGACGGUGGGUUGGGUAACACGGAACUCUUUGGAUUCCCGGGACUCUUAUUCGAAGUCUUGAAGAACGGUGCUGUCAGCUCUCUGACCGUCUACUGA